AUGGGUGUCGAAGAACCGGCCGUUGAGCGCCGGCCGUCCAACAGCGACGAGGAGCGGGAUGAGAACCGUCUGGCCCAGUUUGGCUACAAGCAGGAGCUGAAGCGCGACUGGGGACUGGCGCACAAUUUUGGCGUCUCCUUCUCCAUCAUCAGCGUCAUCACCGGGCUCACCACGUUGUUUCAAUAUGGCCUUCUCACGGGCGGCCCAGGCGUCAUGUCCGUUGGGUGGAUCGUCGUUUCCUUCUUCACCAUCCUCGUGGCCAUCGCAAUGGCAGAGAUCGUCUCUGCCAUCCCCACCAGCGGCGGCCCCUACUUUUGGUCCGCAAUGCUUGCACCUCCACGCCUGUCGCCCUUCGCCGCCUGGCUUACCGGCUGGUACAACCUCCUGGGCCAAGUUGCCGUCACCACGGGCAUUUCGUUUGGCCUUGCCACGCUGAUUCCCACGGCCAUCACGGUCAAGAAUCCCAACUUCGCCCCUACCCCGGCCGUCACCAUCGGCAUAUAUGCCGCCAUCCUCGUGUCGCACGCCGUUGUCAACAGCUUCGGUGUGCGUACGCUCCGCUAUCUAAACAACAUCUCCAUCUUGCUCCACAGUGUUGGCGUUACGGCCCUCUGCAUUGCAAUCCUCGCAAAGGCACCAACACACCAGCCUGCCUCGUUUGUCUUCAGCACUUUUAGCGAUGGAACCGGCGUCGAUGGUGAAGGCUGGAGCAUCCGUGCCAGUCCCGUCUACGUUGCCGUCUGCGGCUCGCUGAUGGCCCAGUUCACGCUCACCGGAUUUGACAGCGCUGCCCAUUUGAGCGAGGAGACGAAAAAUGCCAGCUGGAGCGCGCCUAUUGGUGUCGUCUCGAGCGUUGGGUUCAGCGCCCUGUUCGGCUUUUUGGUUCUGAUGGCGUACUUGUUUUCCAUCCAGGAUUUCAACGCCACCGUUAACAGCCCGUAUAAACAGCCUGUGUUGCAGAUCUUGGUUGAUAUUGCUGGCGAAGAUGGGGCGCUUGUUAUGUUUUCGUUGAUUAUGAUCUGUGUCUGGCAUUGCGGACUUUUCAGCAUGACCAGCAACAGCCGCAUGAUGUUCGCCUUCGCCCGUGAUCGAGGCAUUCAUCCGUUCUUCCACAAGGUCGACAAGCGUUUCCGCUCUCCCAUUCGUGCUGUCUGGCUCGCAGCGUUCCUGUCCUUUAUUUUGGCCUUACCCUCGCUUGGCUCCUCAGUCGCUUACACGGCCGCAACCUCGAUUGCCACCAUCGGUCUCUACAUAAGCUACGGGCUGCCCAUUAUGAUUGGCCUGAUCUACCACGAGUCUUUUACCGCCAUGAAGGGGCCCUUCAACCUCGGCAUUUUCUCGCGUCCCAUCGCCGCAGUGGCCUGUGUCUACAUCAUGUUCAUCACCGUCGUGUUCUGUCUGCCAACUGCAAAUCCAGUAACAAGUGAGACGGUCAACUAUGCCGUCGUCGCGGUCGGGAUCAUUGGCAUUUUUACUAUCGGCUCGUGGGUUGUCUGGGCUCAUCGGUGGUUUGUUGGUCCGGCAAAGGAGGUUGCCGAGGCCAUGCGGCUGGGUGUUGACAUCACAGAGCCCGGUGCGCUAGAAGAGCGAGAGAAGGUUGAGAAGGGCGAAUAA